CAGUCACAACAGCCCUUGCCGUCUCCCCUGACACGAGGCACCGGCGGCGACCUGACCUCUCACGAUCGCUCUCCCAAUUGGAGCGAUGAGAAGGAGAACAUACUAAAAGGACCCUUCGAUUAUCUCGAGGCGCAUCCGGGCAAGGACAUCCGCGCACAACUCAUGUCCGCCUUCAAUGCCUGGUUACGUGUGCCCGAGCCUUCCCUCGCCAUCAUCACACGAGUCGUUGCGAUGCUGCAUACCGCCUCACUUCUCAUCGAUGACGUAGAAGACAGCAGCUUACUCCGGCGAGGCGUGCCCGCUGCGCACCACAUCUUCGGCGCGGCGCAGACGAUCAACAGCGCGAAUUAUGUCUACUUUUGCGCGCUGCAAGAAACGCUCACUCUGAACAACCCGGAAUGCAUACGUAUAUAUACCGAAGAGUUACUGAAUCUGCACAGAGGGCAGGGUAUGGAUCUCUUCUGGCGCGACACCCUAACCUGUCCCUCGGAAGACGACUACCUCGAAAUGGUCGGCAACAAGACCGGCGGCCUCUUCCGACUCGCCAUUAAACUCAUGUGCGCCGAGACCGACAGCCAGGGACACACGGACUACAUACCGCUAGUUAACACUGUCGGCCUGCUCUUCCAGAUCUUGGACGACUACCGCAAUCUCAGCGAUACGACAUAUACGGCGAACAAAGGGCUCUGCGAAGACUUGACAGAAGGCAAAUUCUCUUUUCCGAUCAUCCAUGCGAUACGGAGUGAUCCGAGUAAUCUCGUGCUUAUCAACAUCUUGAAGCAGAAGACAAAGGAUGAUGAGGUCAAGAAAUUCGCGGUACAGUAUAUGGAGAAGACUGGCUCGUUCGCUUAUACACGACGAGUACUCCGAGGUUUGACGAAAAAGGCGUUAGGGUUGGUUGAGGAAGUGGACGCAAGGGUGGAGGGCGGUGGGGCUGGUGGAAUGGGCGGCAAGGGUGGGGACUUGGUCAAGGGCAUACUGGAGAAGUUGCGGGUUGAGAAGGCUGGAGCUGGGGCUAGGAGUAGUCACUCGGGUUGA